GAGCUGGGGUCGUGCCCGUCCGUGGUGCGGCCUGCGGGAGCAUGGAGACUGCCGUGAUGAACCUGCGCAAUCUGCUGGAGCAGCUCCUGCGCCAGGCCGACCUUCUCAGCGAGGGCAACGAGCUGCAGUUUAUUCAAUUGGCAAAGAACUUUGAAGACUUCCGAAAAAAGUGGCAGAAGGCAGAGCAUGACCUGGCCAGGUACAGGGACCUUCUUAUGAAAACAGAAACAGAGUGCAGCGCGCUGGAUGUCAAGUUGAAACAUGCUCGCAAUCAGGUGGAUGUGGAGAUCAAACGAAGACAGCGAGCUGAAGCAGACUGUGAAAAGCUGGAGCGUCAGAUCCAACUGAUUCGAGAACUGCUCAUGUGUGAUGCAUCAGGCAGCAUUCAACUAAGCGAAGAACAGAAGUCUGCCCUUGCUUUCCUUAACAGACCUCAAGCCCCCAGUAGGGGUUCUGGGACUAGAAGACUUUCAACAAUUGAUGAAUCUGGCUCAAAUCUAUCCGACAUCAGCUUUGACAAGACUGAUGAAUCAUUGGAUUGGGAUUCUACACUGGUGAAGACCAUUAGGCUGAAAAAGAGAGAGAAACGGCGUUCAUCCAGGCAGUUCACAGAAGGUCCACCAGGUCCUUUAAAGAAAGCCCGGUCAAUUGGUUCCACAGCAGAUCAGGGAAAUGAAUCCAUUGUUGCAAAAACAACCCUUAUGGUUCCUAAUGAUGGUGGCCCAAUUGAAGCCAUCUCCACUAUUCAGACUGUACCGUACCGUCUCAGAAGUCAAAGAAAGACGGCUAGUUUACAACCCUGGAGCUGCGACUCAAGCUUAGGCAGCAGACAGCUGGAAUCCAAAUCUGAAAAUGAUGGCUCUAGCACUCCUCAAAGCAAUGGAGGAAUGAGGCUGCAUGAAUUUGUAUCAAAGACGGUUAUCAAGCCAGAGUCUUGCGUUCCAUGUGGGAAGCGGAUCAAGUUUGGGAAAUUGUCCUUAAAGUGCAGGGACUGUCGUGUGGUGACUCAUCCAGAAUGCCGGGACCGCUGCCCCCUUCCUUGCAUCCCCACCUUAACGGGCACUCCUGUUCGGAUUGGAGAGGGGACUCUGAUGGACUUUGUGCCUGUUACUCCUCCGAUGAUUCCUUCCAUUAUAGUUCAUUGUGUUAAUGAGAUUGAACAGCGAGGGCUGCAUGAGACGGGCCUAUACAGAAUUUCAGGCUGUGACCGGACAGUGAAAGAACUGAAGGAGAAAUUUCUUCGAGGGAAGACAGUGCCCCUGCUCAGCAAGGUGGAUGAUAUCCAUGCCAUCUGCGGCCUUCUUAAAGACUUCCUACGGAGCCUAAAGGAGCCCCUCCUCACCUUCCGGUUAAACAAGACCUUUAUGGAGGCAGCAGAAAUCUUGGAUGAAGACAACAGUGUAGCUGCAAUGUACCAGGCUGUUAGUGAGCUUCCUCAUGCCAACAGAGACACUCUGGCUUUCCUCAUGAUUCACCUGCAGAGAGUGGCUCAGAGCCUAGACACUAAGAUGGAUAUUACUAACCUAGCUAAAGUCUUUGGACCAACAAUAGUUGCCCAUGCUGUCCCUGAUCCUGACCCUAUGACACUACUACAGGACACUAAACGACAACCUAAGGUGGUUGAGCGACUCUUGUCACUGCCAGUGGAAUACUGGAGCCAAUUCAUGGUAGUGGAGCAAGAAAACAUUGACCCGGCACACAUAAUUGAAAACUCCAAUGCCUUCUCAACUCCUCAGAAACCAGAGGUCAAAGUGAGCGUGCUGGGUCCUCUUACCACUCCUGAGCGGCAGCUGAUAAAGACUCCUUCAUCUAGCUCCCUAUCCCAGAAAGUCAGAUCUACGCUCAGCAAAACUACCCCCAAGUUUGGGAGCAAAAGCAAAUCUGCAACCAACCUGGGGCGUCAAGGCAACUUCUUUGCCUCUCCUAUGCUGAAGUAAAAUGGAUCUAAAGUUUCAGCCCCUACUGUGGGUUCAAAUCCUAGAUAUGCAUGGCUGCAAUAAAGAGCUGACUCCAUUUAAAGGCUCUUGGCAACCUUGAAUAUUAAGAUACCUUAUUACAUUUUUAUUUGAGGCUUUUAUUAACCCAGAGUUACUGUGCAAUGUAUUUUAUUUAAUAUCUAAUGCUGUAUUGUAUUGGUUAGGAAUAGCUGGCAGAUUCCCUCAGUAAGUUUAGGGGAAACUGUCACAGAUCUUGUAUUUCAAGACACUUUUUUAAAGGGAAAUUGGACACUUUCUUUUAAAGACACUGAAAACUAUGGGAUGCUUUUUGGCUCAGCAAUAAUCCUGCCUUUUUCCAAGAGAACAGCCAUAAUCCUUUGGGCAGCUAGUGCUGGUCCUGUGUCCAAGGAAGCAGUGAAUGCUGAGCAUACAUGCUCUUUCACUUGCUGCGAGUCUGGUUUUAGUGAAAAGAGAUGAUUUCAAAAAGUGUGUGCGCCUGAAAUUUGGCCAUAUGAAAAACUGGAAAAAUCAGUGUUUCACAGUAUGCCAUAAGUCCCGAAACAUGUGCUGGUUGUGAAGCGGCGUAGUUGAUACCUGUUGUAUUGAAACAUGUUCUGUAUUUGUAUGCAUUGAUCACUUUCGCUUCUUUUGGUAAAGCUGGUUUGACUUGUUUCUAAUGAAGUAUCACUUGAACCAUGACUUGUAUAUAGCAGAAGCACACUAAAUAUCUGCCAAAACGAUGAUCUUGUUGGCAAGAAUGUCUUCAGACUCUGCACAAAGGAUUAUUGGGGAGGUCUUGGGCACUACUAAUUUUUUUUUAAAGUAGUACUGUCUUGCUUGCUGAUGGAAUAGGGGUGCUUAUUAGUGGUGCCGAAGAUUUUUGGAAAACGAUUUUUUCCAAAUACAGACAGAUACUAGUUUGCCUAACUCAGUGCUACAUCUAAAGAUUUGUUUAAUCAAUACAAGUGUUUGUAACAGAGUCUUCUCUGCAUUAAAUUCCUGGAAACAGUCUGGACCUUUGAUGAUAUAUGAAUUAAGCUUGUCUAAUCUC